GGCUUUGAGUGCCCCGUGUUCUCGUCUGCUGCCAUGAAGAAGCGUGCGUCGUCUGCUACCACGAGUGCCGCCGGCAACGCGCUGGAUUUGGCUACGCGUUGAAAACGAGCGUGUCACGCGGGACGUCCCCCCAUCGAUCGAUCGUCCGCCCCGUGCUGUGUCGUCUGCUUCUUGCUGUAACGUCCCCGUUGUGUGUCGUCUGCUCGCCACGCUACGCGCGCGCUGCGGCGGGUGGUACGGCGACGUUUCGGAUUUUGUGAUUGCUCUCCUCUGUGUACCGGCGCGCACGGCGGGCGUGCGCCACGGUGACCACUCGUGGAUUUCCGUGAGGACCGGCCGCGCGCGUUCGCGGCCUGCGGCGACCCCGCUGCAACCAUGUCGUCCAUGCUGGCCGGCGGUCCCAACAUCCUGCAGAUGUGCAGCAGCUUCGAGGCGAACAAGUCCACGAAGGGAGCGUCCAAGCUUCGCCGGGACCUGAUCAACGCGGAGAUCUCGAACCUGCGCGACCUGCUGCCCCUGCCGUCGUCAACGCGGCAGCGGUUGUCGCAGCUGCAGCUCAUGGCGCUGGUGUGUGUGUACGUGCGAAAGGCCAACUACUUCCAGCACAUAUUCCGGAAACACGACGUUCUGCCGGAGGUACCGCUGAUACACUUCGGCUUCUCCAAAGCAAUGAGCGGAUUCCUGAUGAUGAUGACGCAGAACGGCAAGCUGCUCUACAUCUCGGACAACGCUGCCGAAUACCUUGGUCAUUCUAUGGAGGAUCUGCUGAUCCACGGCGAUAGCGUGUACGACAUCAUCGAGAAGCAGGACCACCAGGCCAUCCAGGCGGAGCUGAUGCGAAGCCCGAAUCCCCUGGGAGUCCUGCACCACGAGCCGGACACGAGGCUCUUCCUGUGCCGCAUGAACGUGUCGCGCAACGCGCGCCGUCAGAUGCGCUUCGGUGACCAGAAGGUGGUUCUGGUGCAGGGCCACUUCGUGUCCUACCUGCCGCUGUGCAGCCGCAACGAGCCCGUGUUCCUGGCCACGUGCACUCCCGUCGCCAUGCCCGAGACGCGAGAGUGCGUCGUCCAGGGAUCCACAUCCGUGUUCACUUCCAUACACUCCAUGGACAUGAAGUUCCUACACCUGGACAGGAACGGCGAGUUCCAUCUGGGUUACCAAAAGUCCAGCCUUCAGAGCAUCUCCUGGUAUGAGCUGGUACACUGGGAGCACCUGAGGGAAGCACAGUCCAAGCACCGCCUCAUAACGCAGUCGGAGCAAGAACGAUCAUGCAUCCUGCUGGUUCGCCUGCAGACAAGUCGUUCGGGCUGGUUGUGGGUGCACGCCGUGCUUCAGGUGAAGGAUGGCUCCGACAGCUCCCAACAGCCCGUCAUUGUGUGCACCAACCAAGUUCUCAGUGAACGGGAAGCAGCCGUGAUGCGAGCGAACUCUUGGCUCUACCAGUACUACUCCCUGCACUCGAAGAUGCACUACGGCCUUGCGUACGAAGCCACGCGCCUGCCGGCCUACUACCCUACGCCCGUGAUGCCCUAUCCACCGCCUCCACCACCUCCACCACCGCGGGAAAUGCCGCAAGCACCGUUACCACACUCGCCGUACGCUUUGCCCCACCACCUCAACGGAGCACCGGUGCCCCAUCAUCCACAACACCACCCCGGUGUGCUCCAGUACGGUGGUCCGUCGCACCACAGUGGCCUUCCUUACAGCAGCGUCGCAACUAGUGCUGCAGCGGCGACAGCUUCCGCAAGUGCAAGCACCAACAGUCCAAUCCCUUCGCCCGACCACCGGAAGUGGAUGUCACCGUCUUCCUCGUCUUCCGGCGGACUCAAGAGACCGGCGUCACCCGGUCACAGCAUCAGCGUCAGCAGUGGCGGAAGCGUGAGCGGCAGUAGCAAUAUUAGCACCAACAGUCCGACCCUUCCCAAGGCCCCGAGGCCAAGCUACGGCGCGUUCACGGAACUCGCUCCGCUGCUUCCUUCCGGUUACUACGGUGGUCCCGGACAGGUCCUGGCAGCGACAGCUCCCGUUCCGGCGGCCUUUCGUGCCCCCACCAAGCUACCUGAUGACAGGCUGGCCGACGUGGAACAGUCAUUGACGCCCACCAACACGGAAGACGUGUCCCAACUGAUCUCUGGCGGUGGAUCCGGUUACCUGCGGCCCACGUACAUGUCCCUGGACGACCCCGAGGUGGCGAAGGCUGCUCGAAGCGUGGCGCAGUACCCGACGCCACUGGAACCACCCGCCUACUACCCUCGUUACCUGGAGCUAAGCCUAACGCUCGAACUCGCCGACGGCAAGGAACCGUACGCAGCGGCCGGCCGCGGCAGCUGCAGCGGCGGCUGCGGCGCAGAGCUCGGCGGACCUCAGAGAAGGGUUCCUCUACCACCGAGGCGCCUUCGCCCCACCACGGUUACCGGCGCCGUGCGGAGCUGGCAGCGAAGAGGAAGCCGCGGCCGCUCUGGACGCCUCGGCUGCGGCUCACGCGGCAGCUGUUGCGGCCGCGGCUCAUCACCACCAUCCGCAUCCCUACUGGCACCGGCCGGUGGGCGGCGCCGGCCCUCCUGGUUUAGGUGGCACCGGCGGUGGCAUUGACGCGGCAACUGGAGCGUGCCUUCCGCAACCCCAGCCGGGACACCGGGCAAUUCCUGAGGAACCUGCUUCCGUCGAGUCCUGACCGGUGCUUGGUGCCGGCCAGGUCACGGUUGUGUGACACCUGCGAGACCUUCUCCGUCCAGCUUCGGCUUUCCACGCACGAGGCAGAGAGAGCCACCGUAUGGCAUAUUGCCAACACAGAGAGCACGAAUUCCCGGCUUGGAUGAAGCAGCUGGGUACUAUUACGCUCUAGCAGCACACAGGCAAAGUGAAGCCACCUGCACUUGCAAGCACGGCAGCCCACCAGCUACAUGGACCCCUGCUUUAGCGAAGAACUGUGGAACGCCGUCUUCCUUCGAAAACGAUGGAGAGCCAAGAGCAGCUUGCGACGAAGCCUGUGUUUGCUUUAUUUAUUUCGAACAUUUGGUUGGGCAGUGUAAGGAAAGGUGCAUGUACUUGAGUGCGCGUCAUAGCGAUUAAUGACCCGUGGUGAUCGCGGCGACGGAUGACAACACCCGGAACUGGCAAUUUUGACAAGCAAUGCCUCGAGAAGCCGGCACCACCUUUCCAAGCACCGAUGUGCGAUGAGAAAAAAAGCAGUCACCAGAGGUGCUCCUCCUUGACCGCAACACCAAAGAUUGGAAAACAGGACUCAAUUCGAAACGGUUUUUUAGAACUGACAAGUACCACGUCCUGGUUACAUCUCUUUGCCCAUAAGUGUCGUAGCAACGCCAUGACGUGAUUGCAUGGGUGGAGUUGACGUUGAUCGUUGCGAAUGUUCAUAUGACUACCCGGGUUUUGGGACAGAAAAUAGAAUGAUUGUGGUGCUGCUCUAAAGAAUGUAUGUACAAAGAGCGAGCUGUGCAGUUGAACAUUAACAGACAACCGUGCCUUAAUAAGAGCAAGUUUAGUGAGCUCGAAGAAUGCAAUUAACUGUCGUCACUUACACUUACGGUACUCGUUUUUGAGUUGAAAUGAGACGGUCGUGAAAACGAGUUAUAUUGCGCAAAUCAUUCACGAUUCCUAGAGCCGUGGAAGCCUUGCAGAAAACUGUAUGAUAAUUACACGUUGCUGACCAUUUAGGAGUGCUGACGGAGGGAACAACUUCAUUUCACGAGGUGUCUUAAUUCUCAAGUUGAUUUGGAGCUCUUUGUGAUAAGUCACGGAUAUUAAAAUUUGGUAGAACUUGGAAAACUGGCAACUGACUUGACAGCCUUGUUUUCUGUAGCACGCGAAGUCACUUAUUUAAUGUGCACAUGCAAACCUGGAAGGAGCCGUGCUGCUUCUGAUGUGCACCAACGCGUGUUGUAUGGCUUUUUGUUUGUAGUGUGCGCCAAGGUUAAGGUGUCUAGUUUGCUGAAUCAAGCUCGAUCGUGUAAAGUGUCUAAGAGUCUCAAAACCAGCGUCAGAGAGCGGCGGGAAACACGAAGGAGACAUGAGUGUUUGCCCUCCGGUACAUUACUGUAAGCGUUACGCUGUGAUCAAUCUCAAUUUUCUUAUCUCUGAAAAACACUUCUACCUUAAUGAACAAAUGGCCACCACAUGAAGAUCGAACACAUCAGAGUCCGCCAUUCCACCCGCAUUCAGUGUAUUAUACGCAGCUGCCUGGGUGUCUGGCAAUCAGUUAAAUUGCAAGCUGCCAACUUUGACGGCUAAUUGAACGUAGCCUGCCUAUCUGGCACCAUGAAAAUCAUCUUGCUUGAACGUACAGCAGUUAUCGGGUAUUUAUGAAGAAGCGUUGCUAUUUUUCGCCAAGCAGCAACCAUCUCCACUGCGAGCAUCGUACAUGCAUGUUUAAUAGUUUAAUAGCCACGACAACCAUCAACUACGUUUUGAUUUUGAUUAUAACUGCAGGAGUUCUUUGGCCAAAUGAGCGAACUUACCGCGGAUUGGGUCAAGUUAAGGCAGACUAUCUGCCACCAAAAGCGAGUAAUGCCAAAUUUCUGUAGAAAUGAGCAAGGCGAAGUGUUUCGUGCCUUUUUGGGGCUAAUGUGAGCCAGUAUCUUGUCGACCACCAUUCGAGCUCACUCAAUGAACGCUUACUUCCCCGGAUUUAUCUAGGUCGCGACAGGACAGUUGUGCCACUCAGUGUCUGAGCGAACGGCUGUUGCUUUGCCUCAUACGACGUAGUGACGACUCGCAAAUUCAGUUGAGGUCGGGUAUAUUCAACCCGAGGCGCCUCUCCUUGAAGCGUAUUUUUGUAAUCAUCAUGACAUUUAAAGGAAUAUUUACGUGGUUAUUGCUGCAAUCAUGCGCAAUAUUUACACUUGCUUUGGACAGCAGGAUGUUGAGCACCACAUAGGCGGCAAGAUGUUAUAUAUUAUCGCCGAAUUCGCACCACGCACAAUCGAGGUGGCUCCCGCAAAUUUGAUUAGCACAGAAGAACCCGAGGCACCAUAUACUGAUGUAACGCUAUUGUCCGUCCAACUGAUUGCCUCUGAUAGAUGCGACGGUGUCGUUAAACGCGCUCACUGUUUUUUGUACAAAACUAAUGUAUUGAGCACUCGGAAUGGCCGUCAACAACUCUUGAAACUAACUUAAGAUGCCAACUGAAAAAGCGCGGAUAGCGAUAUCAAACUGAUCUUGCUAUAUAUGUUCUAGCUUGAUAAUUCUUUAUUCAAGGUAUUGAGUCGGUCUGUUAUUUCAGAAGAUGCAGGCCGUUUUAGAGUAAAUAGUGUUGCUCAGUAGCGCCUACCAAAACAUAUCAAGUUGCUCGGAGGCUUCGCCCUAUAAAAGGCGGGUGCUUCCUAAUGAAGUUCCGGCCCCUUUUUCGCAAGCAAGGUUAGAUGUUGUGAAAGUCAUGUUCUACGUCUACCGAUCGCAUCUCACGUUUGAAAGCUUAGAAAGCACUGCUUCACACCUAUUACACACAAAGUAUUUACGAUGCAUGAUCAUCGCUGUUCCCCAGUGCCUUAUUUACCGACGAUGAUGUCAUUUCAUGUCAUGUGUCUUUGAGGAAAGUUAGUCCUUGUAAAUACAAGUGUAUGGUUUCUGUUUCUUCAACCUUAAAAUAUCGAGUGAGUUCUCAUACCAUAGUUAUUCCUGUCGCGAGACCUUCUUGAUCAAAGAUAUAAUUACCACAUUUCACUAAAGUAUAUGUAAAUAAACGAAGAAAAAAUGUGCGCACUGUCUUCAAGCUAUAGGUGACAACAAAUGUUCAUCUUGCUUCUUUCGAAUAUGCUCUAUUGUGCCACGAAGCACCGGCUUAUAUUGAGCGUUUGUUUCCUUCUCGCUCUCUUCCGAACACAAGAGUAGGAAGAAACAAAUUUUAAUGUGCUUACUGGUGUGCGUGUGUUUUGUGUGUUUUUUUAUUGUAUUGUGAAUGUGCAGAAUGUACGCUUAUACAGAUCUCACCGCUACGGAUAAUCCCUGUGAAUUUUAUUUACCCUCACUCCCUUUUUCCCGUGACUUUCUUUCUUUCGUAGUGGAAGACGUACAGUACUCGAGACAGUACGUAUUUAUUUCAAACCGUUUCGCACGACACUCUGCCUCUGAGAGUGCGUAGUUGCCUGCACUUUUGACCGGUUGCGUAUGCCAGCUUGGGGCAGACAUGCCUCCAAAUUUAAGACUGCUCCCGCAUUCACAGCCCUGCUUAUUCCUCGGAGGUGAAAUCGCACUAGUCUGAAUAAGCAGCCACACAAAACGGUGGCUUGCCCAUCUUUCUUGAAACCAUGGAAACGUGUUUUGACGAAAAGUAAAAAUUAUUAGGUGGAUAUCGCCAAACAAUGCGUGACAAACAGAAGUAUUCUUGAUGGCGGGAGUGGGGCGGAGGGAAUUAUUCUAAUGAGUAUAUGAAUUAACGACGAGGGGGCUGCAAUAAUUCAUCCAAAUACUGCAUUGCGAAACGAUUUUUGGCAUCAUGUGAGGAAUUCUGAAUAAGGUCAUUGGCCAUCAGUAUUAAAAUUGGUAUGCUCGCCUAAAAUUUAUGCUAAAUUGAGGUUGACGAGAUGUUUAGGCGCAUAUAUAAAAACUCAUGUUGCAAGCCCGCAGGGCUAGCGUGGAUGCAAACGAGGGUACUAAAAUAUUGUUUUUCCACCAACCUUAUCACAAACGCCGAAAGGCUGUUUUCGCUGCGUUUUCUGAAAAUCAGAAUUCCUUGCUAAAUCGACACAAAGCUACGGCAGUGUCUUGUAGGCCUGAAGUGUGUGUUAAUUGGGCCUGCAAUAGUUCAUUCCCACUUUCUGCUUUACUGUUUGCGUUUCUGUCUCCUUUAUUGGUGUUUUUUUUUUCUCUUUUACGAGCGGUGUGGACAUUACGCGUGUACGAGUCCUUGCUUUGUUUGGAGCACUGUCACGUUGCGUUUCCUGUGUCACGUCACCGCGCUUGAGCGAGCGCAAUAUCACUGUGUACAGAGACAUGUCUAUUAUGUGGCAAUGGAUGCAAUUAAAGAAACAAAAGAAGUUAUUGUUUCGUAGAA